UCGUCACGUGCGGACUCGCGGCAGCUGCGCUGGCCUUUGGUGCAACUGUAUAUCUGGAAACGGUUCUUAUCGCUUGGCGGAGGCGGAGAUGAAGCGGGCUGGGGCGGCAGACGCCGAGGAAGCCGCGGCAGCCCAGUUCACGGAGGAGUUUCCGGGGCGGGCGGCAGCGCUGGAGCUGUGGCUCAAUAAAGCCACAGACCCAAGCAUGUCAGAACAGGAUUGGUCAGCUAUCCAGAAUUUCUGUGAUCAGGUGAACACUGAUCCCAAUGGCCCCAUCCAUGCACCCUGGCUGCUGGCCCACAAGAUCCAGUCUCCACAGGAGAAAGAAGCUCUUUACGCCUUAACAGUGCUGGAGACAUGUGUGAACCACUGUGGAGAGAAGUUCCACAGUGAGGUGGCCAAGUUCCGUUUCCUGAAUGAGCUGAUCAAAGUGUUGUCCCCAAAGUACCUGGGAUCCUGGACCACAGACAAAGUUAAAGGAAGAGUCAUGGAAAUACUCUUUAGUUGGACAGUCUGGUUUCCAGAAGACAUUAAGAUCCGAGAUGCUUAUCAGAUGCUGAAGAAACAAGGAAUCAUAAAGCAAGAUCCUAAACUACCGGUGGAUAAAAUCUUGCCUCCACCUUCUCCCUGGCCCAAGAGCUCCAUCUUUGAUGCUGACGAAGAAAAGUCAAAGCUUCUAUCAAGGCUUCUGAAGAGCAGCCACCCUGAGGAUCUGCAGGCUGCAAACCGGCUGAUCAAGAGUUUGGUCAAGGAGGUGAAUGUUUUUCCACCGGCUUCUGUAGAACCAGCCUUGGACAGGAGCUGCACAGUGUGUGAGCAGGAGCGAUCAGAGAAGGUGUCCAAGAGAGUCAGUGCCGUGGAGGAAGUGCGGAGCCAUGUGAAGGUGCUGCAGGAAAUGCUGAGCAGGUACCGCAGGCCGGGGCAGGCCCCACCAGACCAGGAGGCCCUGCAGGCUGUAUAUGAGAGGUGUGAGAAGCUGCGGCCCACCCUGUUCCGGCUGGCAGGUGACACCAUUGAUGAUGAUGACGCACUAGUGGAGAUUCUUCAGGCAAAUGACCUCCUCACCCAGGGAGUUCUGCUGUACAAGCAGGUUAUGGAGGGUCGUGUCAUCUUUGGGAGCACAGUGAGCAGCACAGUGGGAGACAUACCUGUCUCCAGAGUCUUCCAGAAUCCAACAGGCUGCAUGAAGAACUGCCUGAUGGACUUGGAAGUGGACAGUGGAUCUGAGCCAGCUGGGACCGGAGUACCAUCUCUACUUCAUCAGGACCUGGCAGCCUUAGGAAUCAGUGAUACUCCAGUUACCAACAAGGUUGCUGGGCAGAGCUGCUGUAAGGAAGAGAGGAAUCCUGCCAGCACACUGCCAGGUGGUGGUGUUGAGAGCCCGUCUGCAGAAAGGAGCUUGCUGGAUCUCUUCUCCUCACAGCCACCCUUGGGCCCUUCAAAUUAUAUUCCACAGAAAAACAUCCCCAAGGAAGUGCUGCCAGGUACUAAGUCAUCUCCUGGUUGGUCCUGGGAGGCUGGCCCAUUGGCUUCAUCCUCAUCUUCCCAGAAUACACCUCUGGCUCAAGUGUUUGUCCCUUUGGAGUCUGUUAAGCCCAGCAGCCUGCCUCCAGUCAUCGUGUAUGACCGGAAUGGAUUCCGAAUUCUGCUCCACUUUUCCCAGACAGGGGCCCCGGGUCACCCUGAGGUGCAGGUGCUGCUGCUCACCAUGAUGAGCACUGCCACUCAGCCUGUCUGGGACAUCAUGUUUCAAGUGGCUGUGCCAAAGUCCAUGAGAGUGAAACUGCAGCCAGCAUCCAGCUCCCAGCUUCCAGCAUUCAGUCCUUUGAUGCCUCCAGCUGUGAUCUCUCAGAUGCUGCUACUCGACAAUCCACACAAAGAGCCCAUCCGGUUACGGUAUAAGCUGACAUUCAACCAGGGCGGACAGCCUUUCAGCGAAGUAGGAGAAGUGAAAGACUUCCCAGACCUGGCAAUCUUGGGUGCAGCCUAACGUUUCACAAGACAAGUUAGGAUCCAAGCAUCCUGCCAUUCAAGUUUAGGCAGUGCUGCUUGUGCUAAUUAGCUAGGACUAAUCAUGGUGACCUAGUGCAAAGUGCCAAGAGUUCUGUCCUGAUUCAGGCUCUGGAUGCUAAUCACCAACCUCUGACUUGUUCUGCAGAUUGUGUGUGUGUGUGUGUGUGUGUGUGUGUGUGUGUGUAUGGGUGUGUGUGGUAUGGAGUUCAGGGGAGGGAGGAACAGAACUUGGGAAAAGGGCUGUAUGGGAAGCACUAAAGCAUUUGUGAUAACCACCUGCUACAAUCAUAUCUGUUUCUGUAUGUUUGGACACUGAUCUCUCUGGUCUGGUUGGAUGUUUUAUAAGCCAAAGCUGUUGUUGUUUUCAUGUAUUAUCUUUCCAUUCAUCCACUCUGUGCCUUGUCAGCCUUCAAAAGUCUUGGUUGCUCCCAGGCUACUAUUCUCAGGGACCUUAAAAGGAACCUACUUAGUUGGUUUUGGGGCAGAAUAUGUCUUCUGGGGCAUUCUCUUUUAAGAAAGACCUUGUCUCCAUUUCCAUUAGGGAAUGCUGCUUGCAAGUAUUCCAGAAUAUCUUCUCAGUGGAAUGCUUAUUGCACUGUUUUCCAUGUGAGGGGCUGCCAGUAGACCAGAAACCCAUACCUGGUGGGUCAAUCAUGUCCUUUACCACUGUGCCUUAGAAUCACCCUUAGAUGGGCCCUCCAGGCCAGAGGGAAAAACAGAUCCUAGGCCUCAUUCAGACCUCAGUUUCUGUGGAUUGUGCAGCUUGUCUGGGCCCUUACUCAGGACCCUCAUCUCCAUCCUUAUCCUCUUUACAGGCAUUUACCUAGAGUUCUUUUUGAUACAGUGCUAGUUAUUAUAAAUCAUAGCUAACAGGCUCCCUGGAAUGUUGCCUUCACAACCCAAGAUGAAAAACUGUGAUGCAAAUAGAUAUGAAAAGAGCUUAGUAGUGAUUUAAGUGGUGACUAAAUACAGAAAGUCAUUGAAUAAAUACCUGUGUAGCAAUAUACUUUGUGGAGUUUUGAGUAACUAGGAGCUUCAAAAGCCAUUGCAUUUAGAAAUGAUGGGGUUAAAGGGAACUGUCGACCAUUGAGGAAGUAAGGAAGACUUUAUGAAGGAUAUGAAAUCUUAACAACUGAUUCAGUGAAGAGAGAAGCCCUGGGGAUCUGAACAACGCUGGAAAGAGAUGUGGAUUUUUGUUUUGAAGGAAAAUUCAGGUGUACAAUCUAUACUUAGCACCUAUUAUAUGCUAAGCACUUUGCGCAUGUUUUAGAAGUCCUGCUUGGCCUGAUUGGUGGGAGAAAGCUGACCUUGGCUAUGAUGGCCUGGUGAAGGACUUCAAAAUCCCAGCAGCUCACCUUGUCUUGGCAGGAUUCUACCUCAGAAACUGCAAGGCUCCAUUUGGGGCUUUUUAUUAUGAAAUCUGGCACUCUGUAGACUGAUCUUUCAAUAUCUGCAUUUAGUUGGAAAUCUGCUAACACUAAUUGGUGGGAAAGGUGCUAUAAAAAACAAGAUAUGCUAAUUUUUAAGCAAAUGUGAAAACUCAUAAAUGAUGGGCUGCUUUCUUCAUUUGGCCUAAUGCACAUAUGGUUCAUUUUAAUCUAAAGUUACUUUUAUGUUCACAUGCUCUGUAUAGCUUUUAUAGGCUCUAAGCUACUUCAUAGUCUGUAAUGACAGUGUUGGCCUAGGAAGAAUGUCCCAUCAAAAUGUGUGAAUGAGGCUUACAUGUGAAAGAGUCUUAUCCUGUUGUCAGAGGUAACUUGUGUGUGUCUGAACAUUCUUCUGUCUUCUGGCAGUGGUAUUCUGCUUAGGUGGAGUUGAAUAGGACAAGAGAGUUGGGGGUGGGGUCCUGAAAGUGACUCUGGUUUACGUUAUCAGUGCCUUCUAAUUACCAAGUUCAGUGACCACUUAAGGCUCAACUCUUACCCUCUUAUUCAAGUAUUUGACCAGCUACUAUGAAGCAGAUACUGUUGUAGGCACUGUGGAUACAGUAGUAACAGAGUCCUUGCCCUCCUGCAUCUGCCAUGCUAGUGAGGAGAGGCCAGUCCCUAUUACCUGGUAGAGGUGAUCAGUAAGGCACUGAUGAUCAGUGUUUUUUCCCUGUGCUGAACUCCUGGGAUUUGUCUUACUCCUAAUUCUUUUUUUUUUUUUUUUAAAUUAUUUAUUUAUUUAUCUUUAGAGGGGAAGGGAAGGAGAGAGGGAGAGAAACAUCAACGUGUGGUUGCCUCUCAUGUGUCCCCCACCGGAAACCAGCCCGCAACCCAGGCAUGCGCCCCGACCGGGAACCGAACUGCAAUCCUGUGGUUCACAGGCCUAGCGCUCAAUCCACUGAGCCACACCAGCCAGGGCUUACUCCUAAUUCUUUACCUGCCUCUGUGCCUCUCCAUCUGUCCCUUAAGUAUGGUGUUUUCCCAGGGUUUAGUCCUUAGGACUUGACUAAGCACAUCUGGGCAUUUAACUUCUAGAUGGGGCCUAGACCUCCAUUUCAAGCUUCUACUUCUGUGCUGACAUCAGAUCCAUGUUUUUUGUUGUUGUUGUUUUUAUAGUUUUUUUAAAGAUUUUAUUUAUUUAUUUUUAGAGGAAAAGGGAAGGAGAGAGGGAGAGAAACAUCAAUGUAUGGUUGCAUUUGUGCAUCCCCUGCUGGGAACUGGCCUGCAGGGAACCUGCCUGCAACCUGGGCAUGUGCCCUGACUGGGAAUCUAACCGUGAUUGUCUGGUUCGCAGGCCCGCGCUCAAUCCACUGAGCUACACCAGCCAGGCCCCAGAUCCAUGUUUUAAGCCAACAGUGGCAGUGUGUCCGUUUAUCUUGAGGUUCCACUGUUGCCUCAAACUCCCAAUGUUUAGAAUGGAACUCAACCUUCUCAUUUCCACCUACAUUUUCUUUUAUUUGAAAGUAUCUAUCUGAUCCUUCAUGGAUCCUUCAUUCCUGCUCCAUCCAUUCUACUUAAUACUCUUGUUUCUAGUGUUUAUUUCUAUAUACAACCAUAUUUUGCCCUCCCCUGCAUUCAUGUUAGUCACCUGCCUCUCAGUUCUCUGAGCAGUGAUACUUGCCACCACUAGAAUUUUCUGACAAUCUGUGUUCAUGGAUCCCUUGCUGAAAAAUUCUGCAUGAUUCUUAAUGUCUGAAAAGCCUAUUGCAAUCAAAUGGAAGUUGCUUACAGUGCCCUCCUGUAACUGUGUGCCCUACCCACUGACAUCAUCUGCCAAAAAUAGAGCACACUCUCCACAGCCACAAGAAAGUUGGUUGUGUGUGGUUUUUUUUUAAGAAUAUUUAUUGAUUUGAGAGAAACGUAAACAUCGACUUGUUGUUCUACUUAUGCAUUCAUUGGUUGAUUCUUGUAUGUGCCUUGACUGGGAAUUUUACCCUCAACUUUGGUGUAUUGGGACAACACUAACCAACUGAGCUACCCAGACAGGUAAUUAAUAAAACAUUACCUGUCA